AUGGUCUUGCAGAACAGUGGACGAUUUAAAGCCGACCGAUCAGAAAAGACAGACGGUCGAGAAGAUACUUCGGAAAAGAGAUUAGAGCGUGCAAACCUGAAUGAUGAAAUUGACACAAAAUUUGGAUUUGAACGAUACAAGGACCCUGUGGAAAGGACAGGAUGGCUCAUCAACAUGCACCCAGCUGAUAUUUUGGAUGAGAACAAAAGACUUAUAAGUGCUGUGGAUUACUAUUUUUUAGAAGAAGAUGGAGGACGAUUCAAGGCAACAUUCCCGUUUCGUCCUUAUUUUUUUGUGGCGACCAAGAAGGAGUUUGAGCGAGAAGUGGCUUCAUUUCUCACCAAGAAGUUUUCCGGAAAGAUUGCAUCCGUUGAAACUGUGUAUAAGGAAGACUUAGAUCUGGCCAAUCAUCUAGUGGGUCUGAAAAAAAGCUACCUCAAGCUAUCCUUCCUAUCUGUGGAGGACUUAACGAAAGUGAAACGAGAGAUUAAUCCUGCUGUCACCAAGAACAAAGAGCGAGAGAAGUCGAGCGAAGCCUACACUGCAAUGUUCUCCAGCUACUUAACUGGUGAAAACAAUACAACUAACUCCAAAAAGAUGGUCGACCAGAUGGAUAAUAUACUAGACAUCAGAGAAUAUGAUGUGCCCUACCAUGUGAGAGUGUCGAUUGACCUGAAAAUAAAUGUAGGUCACUGGUACUCGGUCCGAGGGCGUGGCUCCCUACCUGUAGAGAUUCGACCAAGAGAAGAUCUUGUGGAUCGACCAGAUCCUGUUGUUUUGGCAUUUGAUAUUGAGACGACUAAACUGCCGCUCAAAUUUCCUGAUGCUACCACUGACCAAGUAAUGAUGAUAUCAUACAUGAUUGACGGCCAGGGAUACCUGAUCACUAACAGGGAGAUAGUGUCCCAGGAUGUGGAGGAUUUUGAAUACACACCACGACCAGAAUUUGAGGGACCAUUCAUCAUAUUUAAUGAACCAGAUGAGGUAACACUGCUGCGGCGAUUCUUCGAUCAUGUAUUGGAUGUGAGACCACACAUCUUUGUGACAUACAACGGAGAUAUGUUUGACUGGCCAUUUGUGGAGGCUAGAGCAGCUCUACAUGGGCUAGACAUGUCGCGAGAAAUCGGCUUUACGAAGGACAAUCAGGGUGAAUACAAGUCUCGGCCAUCUAUACAUAUGGAUUGUCUACGCUGGGUAAAACGAGACAGCUAUCUGCCUGUUGGGAGCCAAGGUCUUAAAGCUGUCGCCAAAGCUAAGCUACGCUACAACCCGGUAGAGAUGGAUCCCGAGGAUAUGUGUCGCAUGGCCAGCGAGGAACCACAGGUGCUGUCCAACUACUCCGUGUCGGACGCUGUGGCUACCUACUACCUGUACAUGAAGUAUGUCCAUCCCUUUAUAUUUGCCUUGUGUACAAUCAUCCCCAUGGAACCAGAUGAGGUACUGAGGAAGGGAUCUGGAACACUCUGUGAGGCCCUACUUAUGGUGCAAGCCUAUCAUGCCAACAUCAUAUUCCCCAAUAAACAGAUGGCUGUAUUUAACAAGCUGACAGAGGAUGGCCAUGUACUUGACUCGGAGACGUAUGUAGGCGGUCAUGUAGAGGCGCUGGAGUCAGGAGUCUUUAGGGCAGACCUUCCCUGCAGGUUUAGAAUGGUACCAGAAGCAUUUCAAAACCUCAUUGACAAGGUGCACAAGACAAUGAAGCAUGCGAUAGAAGAGGAGGAGAAAAUCGCCAUGGAUACCGUGACUAACUUGGAUGAGGUUUGUACGGAUAUCAUUGAACGUCUGGCUAUGCUGCGUGAUUGUCCCAACCGACUUGAGAACCCGAUCAUUUACCAUCUGGAUGUGGCUGCCAUGUACCCAAACAUCAUCCUUACAAACAGAUUACAGCCUCCAGCGAUUGUAGAUGAAGCAACUUGUGCGGCAUGUGACUUCAAUAAGCCUGGUGCUGUGUGCCAACGUAAAAUGACAUGGAUGUGGAGAGGCGAAACAAUGCCAGCCUCGCGAAGCGAGUUCCAACGAAUUCAACAACAGCUGGAGAAUGAAAAGUUCCCACCUAGUGCACCAGGAGGGGAGCCACGAGCAUUCCACCAACUUAAUCGGGAGGAACAGGCCACCAUUGAAAAGAAAAGAUUGGCUGACUAUUGUAAGAAGGCUUAUAAGAAAGUACAUUCCACGAAAAUGGAAGAAAGAACUGCCACCAUUUGUCAACGGGAAAACUCUUUCUACGUCGACACUGUGAGAGAUUUCCGAGACAGACGCUAUGAAUUUAAAGGUCUUGUGAAAGUGUGGAAGAGAAAAUUAGCAGAGGCGGAGGAAUCUAAAGAUGCAGCUGAAAUCAAGCGUGCUAAUGGUAUGGUGGUUUUGUACGACUCACUCCAGCUCGCCCACAAGUGUAUUCUCAACUCCUUUUAUGGCUAUGUGAUGAGAAAAGGAGCACGUUGGUACAGUAUGGAAAUGGCGGGAGUUGUGUGUUAUACUGGUGCACACAUCAUCACCAAAGCGAAGGAGAUUGUUGAACAGAUCGGGCGUCCGUUGGAGUUAGACACUGAUGGUAUUUGGUGUGUGUUACCUGCAACCUUCCCUGAAAACUACGUGCUGAAGACAACAAACCCCAAGAAGUCUAAAGUGACCAUUUCUUACCCAGGUGCCAUGCUUAAUAUCAUGGUCAAGGAAUUCUUCACCAACGACCAAUACCAGGAGCUAGUGGACCCCAACAAACUCCAGUAUUCAGUGCGUAGUGAGAACUCCAUCUUUUUUGAAGUCGAUGGUCCCUAUCUUGCUAUGAUUCUCCCAGCAUCAAAGGAAGAAGGCAAAAAACUGAAAAAGCGAUACGCAGUCUUCAAUUUUGAUGGUUCUCUUGCUGAACUUAAGGGAUUUGAAGUGAAGAGAAACGGCGAGUUAGAACUGAUCAAGAUUUUUCAGUCCUCUGUGUUCGAGGCAUUCUUAAAGGGCGAUACACUGGAAGCAUGUUACGCAGCCGUCGCCAAGGUCGCUGACUACUGGCUGGACGUCCUCUUUAGUAAGGCUGCCAAUAUGCCAGACUCAGAACUUUUUGAAUUGAUUGCCGAGAAAAGAAGGAUGUCAAGAACGUUAGAGGAUUAUGGUUCCCAGAAGUCAACGUCUAUCAGUACAGCAAGAAGAUUGGCAGAGUUUCUUGGUGACCAGAUGGUUAAAGAUGCCGGUGUCAGCUGUAAUUAUGUCAUCUCCAAAAAACCAGAUGGUGCCCCGGUCACUGAAAGAGCAAUACCUCUUGCAAUUUUCCAAGCGGAGCCAAGUGUCCGGAAACAUUAUCUGAGAAAAUGGCUGAAGAGUCCUGCUGCUAAUGAUUUUGAAAUCCGAGAGAUCCUUGAUUGGGAGUACUAUGUAGAACGACUUGGUGGGUCUGUUAUGAAGAUCAUUACUAUCCCAGCAGCUCUACAAAUGGUUGCCAAUCCAGUCCCUCGAAUCCGUCAUCCUGACUGGCUACACAAAAAGUUAUUGGAGCGUAACGAUGUGUUCAAACAGAAAAAGAUCAGCGAGAUAUUUGCUCCAACUCAACGACAGAAACCCCAGCAAUCCUCCGAGGAACUGUUCCCAGACAGUGAACCACAGAACUCUGUCGAUAUAGAGGAUGUGGGAGGUAAAUCACAUUCCAAACCUGGACUUGGAAUGGCCGUAGCACACAAACGGAAACGAACAAGUCUCGACAACACAGACAACAGUCAGAACGAGUCACAGUUACUGGAGAGUUCACAGACAUGGCGAGAAAUAUUGGGGCCAGCACCACCUAUGGGUAAAACAAAGGAAGAGCGUGCAGUCUGGCUCGAGUACCACAAGAAAAAAUGGGAACUACAGGCAAAGGACAGACAGGAUCGGAAACGAAGAAGAAUUGACUUUGGUGAUGCUCCCUCAGGUCGGGCUGUCAGUAGUCGCACCGGUUUAGGAGGAUUUCUGCGCAGAACAGCUCGUAGUAUUAUGGAUAUGCCUUGGCAAAUAGUACAGCUUAUGGAGACUAGCUACCCGGGUCAGUUCAAGUUAUGGGCGCUAAUCGGCAGUGAUCUCCACGCUAUGAAACUUAAUGUACCUCGUAUCUUUUACGUCAAUCAGAAGUCGCCAAAGGAGGGUGAAGGUGCUCUGUGGAGGAAGGUGAUAAAGACACUACCACGGUCCCACCCUGUGUUUAACUUGUACGAGUACAGCGUACCUGAGGACGUCUAUCAGGAACACAUCAAUGAGAUCAGUGCGGAUCUGUCAUCCCCAGACAUUGAGGGUGUGUAUGAGACUCAAGUGCCCUUAGAGUUCCGUGCCCUUGUACGUCUAGGAUGUGUAGCUACUGUCAACCGCGACUUUGCCAAGUACAUGUCUGGCAGGGAGACGGAUACGUUUGACAUGGAGAACCUUGACUUUCGCACACUUGCCCAGUUUACUUACUUAGAACCUGGCUCCAUCAAACAUCUGUAUCUGUAUCACCACAUCUGUGGGACAAAGUCUAUGUUUGGGCUGUUUUUCCCGAUGUCUAAGAAAGCCACGGUAUUUGUAGUGGACACUGUCCGAAGUGACCAAAUGCCAAACCUCUCGGCUCUCUACAAUGGUGAACGCAACAGCAAGUAA